AUGGCGAGCUUCUUUGCGUUUUUCCAUUCCCUCCCCGGGUUCGUCGGAGGGCUGUUCAAGCAUGACAGCACUACUCGUGCACUCAGCGUGGAGCUCUGGGCGGUGGUGCCGGCUGUGCUGGUUUUGGUUCAGUUCGCCGUCAGCUCCAUGGGGCCCCGGCUGGCGAUAGCCCGACAGAUCAAUCCCGGCAUUGAGCUCUUGCGCAUCCUUAGCUACUACUCCGUCAGCUACACGCUGGGGCUGAUGAAGCCGUCCGUCUCCAAGCAAGCACCGGCAUCCACCGGCGACGACUUCUUCCAGAUAUGCGCCGUCCUCAUCGUCACCAUGCAGGACAGCGCCCGCAUCGGCCGGCCGUACAGGCCCAAGGAGAUGUCGCUGGUGGACUUGCUGUCCUCGCUGUGGUCUGCCAACCAACUCCGGUCGCACACGGCGCUGGACCUCAAGGUGCCUCUCUGGGUGAUCUGGUGCAUCCACGCGUCGCGCAUCAUUUUGUACUACAUAUCCUCCAAUGGCGCCGCCGGAGCCAACGGAGAAAACAUGAAGCUUGUCAGCGACUACAUGGCGCUGUCGGGGCGUACGGGCGACAACGCCUCCCCGGAGACCAUGGUCGGGUACAAGUACUUGGUACUUGGGGAAGAUCGACAGGAAAAGAAGAUGGAGAAAACAAGAUUCAGGUUUCUGGUGGAGGAAACGCGGCCAGAGGAGCUCAUCACGGUGGAUAAGGUAUGGACUUGGAGCCGCGACAACCCCGGUGGCGGCGGCGCCCGCUCCAACGACGACAGGUUGCUGGGUAGGCACACCGACAGCGACAACAAGUUCAAGGACGUGUGCCUCUCCUUCGCCCUGUACAAGCUUCUGCGCCGCCGCUUCUACGGGAUCUCCAUGCCGGAGGCCAAGGACCAGUCCUCAAGGCGGCUAGUCUCCGACGGCAUCCUGGAUAACAGCAACGACCCCAACUACGACAGGUUGUUCCGUGUCACGGAGGUGGAGCUAUCCUUCCUUCACGACUUCUCCUACAGCAGGCACGCUGUAGUCUUCGCCCGAGGCUUCCCUUAUCAUAGGCAGCUGCUGUCAACGUGUAUGAUUGGGGCUGUCCUGUACCUGGCAUACGCUGUUCGCGACAUACCCAGCAUAAGCUUGGCCCACUUCCUCAUCUUCAUCGUGGUAUUCAGAGAGCUCUUGGAGAUUUGGGUCUAUGUCAUGUCCCAGUGGAGCAAGGUCUUGGUCGUCUGCCACUACAUCAGGAUCAAACUGAAAGGAAGUGAGGGGUGGCUGCCAAGGCUGCACAGUCGGAUACUGGAGAAGGUGGCGAGGAUCUUGUUCAGGAUCAUCCAAAGAGGACAAUGGAAUCAGGAGAUUCAACAGCACAACCUACUAAUGGCGGCUGCUCGCCUUCAAACACGAAACAUAAGUUUCGUGCAGCUGCGGAGCGAGGUAAAGACAAAGAUAUUUGAGUCACUGAAGGCCCUGAUUAUUCCAGGCGUGGAAGAGAAUGAUGCUUCCACCCAAAUGAGGAACAACGCUGCCUUGACGUCUUACCUUGGGAAUGCCUUCGCCGACUCCGAGGGAUCACUACCACCCCUCAUAGAACAUUUCAGUGACAAGCUCCACGGAGAUACCCACAAAAUUCUCGCAUGGCAUGUCGCCACGAGCCUCUGCCAGAUCCAUCUCCUGGAGGAAGCCAGGCGUGAUCAGGACGGCCUCUACACCCUGCCAACGUCCUCCUUCGGGGACCCCGAAGGUUUCGCCGCUCUGUGGCCGCAUUACAACACCGCGGCCACGCUGUCCAACUACUGCGUGCAUCUGGUGGCGGUGGCGCUGCUGCCGGACAACGGCAUCGUCGCAAGCAAGGUCCUCCACGCCGUGCGGCAAGAGGCCUGGGUCGCCUUGCGCGGUUGCCGCACGUGGAAGCAGACCCACGACUGUCUCAUGGCGAAUGCGUGGGCACCUGACCCAACUCCGGAUGGCACCACCAUCGUCAAGAUCGGCGCGCAGCUGGCGGCGGAGCUCCUAACGAGGUACGGCGGCAGGGACGAGCUCUGGGAGCGCCUGAGCAAGUUCUGGACGGGUUACCUGCUGUGCCUGUCGGCGUCCACCAAAGCGUCCAAGCAUCAGAUACACCUCCAAGGGCGCGGCGAGCUCACCACGCACCUCUGGGCUUUGCUGUCGCACGCCGGCUUCCUUGGCCCAAACAACGGACACGGCCAGCAGCUGCUUGACCCGGUUGACCUCGACUCCGCCUGAGAUCGACCGCCCAUCGUCCAUCUACCUCAUUGUGUGCUUGUGUUUUGUGUUUUACCUACUAAGCAUAGCAUGGUUAUUUCUGUAAUUUGAACCUCUUUUGAAUUAAAUUCUGUAAUUCAAUCUUGUUUGCACACA